UCCCCUCUGCAGAGGAUUAAAAUUGCGAGGGCAUGUCUUCGUAUCAUCCUCAUGGAUGUUUCACAGACACUUGCCAAUAGCACAUCGUGCAGAUCUAGUCCGAUGUAAAUAAAGUAUCUACCAACCUACGCCCCCUAUAGCUACUACGUCUCUACAAAGCGUUGAAAGUUUCAAGCUUGUUUUAAAUCGCACAGAUAUAUGCAGCAGCAUGAAACUUAGCAAAACAAAAAAUUUGAUCUCUUUCUGAUUCAAGAUUCUAAUUAUUAUUUAGUCUUUCUGAAAUAAAUAUAGGACAUAUAAGGACUUUCCAAAUAAAUAUAGUUCCGAAUUAGAAUGGGUGUUCCUACUCUUAAUGAUGCAACUGAUGAUGAGCAGAUGCAGAAUGUACUUUAAACCCUCCUGUUAAUGGUUCUAUAUAGUGAGAGUGAACCACUUAUUCACACAUUUUACGAAAAGCUUGCAAAAGCUCCUUCCACUAAAAUGGCUGCAGUUUGACUAAAAGUGUGCUUUUUUUGUUGUUGCAAGAUUUGGCUAUGCACCCUGUACAAGUUAUCCACAGUAUACUUUUGCAAUGUGCAGUUACAGAGAAAAGAAGUCGGAAGCUGCGGAAAUGAUGCAGCUGGAUGGAUAUACUUUAGAUUAUGUUGAACUAGUGCUUGAUGCUGAUUGUGCAAGGAAGCAUGGCAUAGAUGAAUUUAUAUCAGCAGAUCCAUGUAAAUUUGACCAUCAUAAGCUGUUCAGAAGCUUGCAGACUAAGACUCUUGAUUAUCGGCUAAACGACCUAUACUGCUCUUUGUGUUGGUUCAGUCCCGGACAAAUUUUUUGCCUUGAUGAGUAUUGCGCUUGUUAUGGAGUUCGUAGCUGUUAUCGUCAUCUGUGCUACUUGCAUGACUUAUUGGAUUGAACAGAAAAAUCUAUUAUGAUUCCCCCUACUCUAAUGCAUUAUGGUUUUGCUUUUUGUAUGUCACAUGUUCAUGGAAAUAGAAUCAGAGAUGGAUCACCUGGAAAGAAGCUGGAGAUACGUUUAGCUGAAUUAUGUGUCGAUCUUUUGCAACAGAACAAUGAGAACUAUGCUGUGGAUGAUCAGAUUGAAGAGUCAGUUGAGAGGAGAUCGCCUAUAAUCAUCAGGCUGGAGGCAGUAAGACAAGACAGUCCACCCUCUGAAAUUAAUGAAGAUGAUGAAUUGGCUUUUGCAUGGUUGAACACGCGGAAAUCUUCUGGUCGUUGUUAGCUGUUGAUAUGGACACACUUUUAGCUGAACAGCCUCCAAAUACAUGGGAUUGUUUUCCAGUGAAGAUGGCAUGAAUGCAUUACUUCUGAAGAUCUUUUUUGGAAACUAGAUGCAUUACAGUCUUUCAUCCGGGACUUACAUUGGCCUGAUGAAGUUUUUGCCAAACAUUUGAAACAAAGAUUAAAACUCAUAGCAUGUGAUAUGUUGGUGUCUUUUAUUAACAGGUAUGGAAAUUCAGAAAAGGUGGAAUUCCUUUGUUAAAGAGUUGAGGGACCAAACGGAGAAUCAUUCUUUUGAUGGUGGCAGACAUAGAAAGAAAAAACUUUUUGGAUCUGCUUCUUCUGAUGCCAACAGUUUUAGCGUCGAAAACAAUGUCCAACAUUCCCAAUGUUGAAAGAAAUGAUGACUUAUCAGAAAUGAGGGGGAAAAAGUAAGCAGGAGAUGGACUCUUUUGAAAGGGCGGUAUAAGAACUCUUAAAAGCGAAAAAAGAAGACAAAGGCCUGUCUUUAAUACUCAAAAGACUUAGGCAGAGAGAGAAAAUAAAAGCCAAAAUUUUAAAUGUUAUAUAUAAUAACAUAUCUUCGGAUGUACUCUCUUCUCAUCUUCCAGAUUCAUCUCACCUACACCUUCUCGACUGAUUUGAUUAUUCCCCCAUCUUCUACACUGAACUCUUUUAUUUCUGCUAAUACCCUUUCCUGUUCUUCAAAUGUCCCCAGUUUUUCAAUGAAUCCUCCUUCAUCAUCAUCAAUGGCUCAACAGCCCAGGGAGCGCCUUGGUCUUCUCAAGAAAUUUUUCCUAGGCCAUCAAUCCAUUUCAAAUUUCGCCUGCCUCUUUUUUGUGUGCCAACUGGUCUGGCAUUAAAAACUUUUUUUGUGGUAUGGUCUUCGUCCAUUCUGAUGACGUGGCCUGCCCAUUUUAUUCUUUGUUGCUUAAUAAAGUUAAUAAUGUCAGGUUCAUUAUAUGAGUGAUAAAGCUCUAGAUUUGAUCUUCUAAGCCACACACCAUUUUUUUUUUUUUUUUUGAAUUCCUCA